AUGGCUAGCUCGGUGCCUGUGAGCACCGGCGCGUCUGCAGCGGAUGUCUUAGCAAACAUAUUCGCUGGAUUGAAGAACAAAAACCCAGAUGUGCGCUUACAAAGUGCAAUUGACCUCCGACGCUAUGUUGCAAGUAGCACAGUUGGCAUGGCUGGAGAUGGAGAGGGCGAGAAUAUCAGCCGGAGGUUAUUCGAGCUCAUUCACUCCUCUAAUGGAAUAGACAAUAUCGGUGGACUGGUUGCCAUCGACCACCUCAUAGACGCGGAGGGCGAGGUCGCAAUCGAAUCUCAACACAACCUAUUUCGCUUUUACAACUAUGUUAAGCAUCUACUACCCAACCCCGAUGCCUCCCUCAUCCUCGCCGCGUCUAAAACUUUGGGUCACAUUCUCGCUGUUGGGGGGCCUGCAUUUGGCGAGAGUUUCAUGGAACAGCAAGUCCAGAGUGCGAUCUUGCUUACAGGAUCAACCCAUGGUGGGAGUUCGGAAAAGCACGAUUCGUUGGGAAUGGCGCGUUAUGCAGGUGCACUGAUAUUGAAGGAACUGGCCCUAAAUAUGCCUGCCCAGUUCGUCCCCCAUUUACCCGCUGUUCUUGACGGCGCAGUAUUGGCUCCCCUUCGAGACUCAAGAUUGGUCGUUAGAGAAGCCGCUGCCGAGUUAUUGGCCGCAUGUCUCGAAAUAAGCGCGCAACGAGAACGGCAGUCACACAAUUCUACCCAGCCUGGUGGAUACCUUGCGAAAAUCCUCGCCGAUGCUCAAGCUGGACUCAAGUAUACUCAACCGGAAGUCAUUCAUGGAAGCUUGUUUGCAUACCGCGAACUACUUUUGCACGCUGGCGGUUUCAUGAAGGACUCUUUUAUCGAGACCGCCGAAGCAGUUCUCAGUUUUCGAGCAAACCGGGAUGCCGCUGUCCGUCGUAUGGUUGUUUCCAUGAUUCCAACCCUAGCAUCCUACAACACACCCGCCUUCAAAGACCAGAUUCUUCAUAAAGCGAUGAACCAUCUUUUCUCGCAACUUGACAAGAAAGAUGAACGCGACUAUGCUCUUAUGGCCAUUGGCUUGACAGCGACGGCGGUCGGUGCAGAAAUGAAGCCGUUUUUGGAGGCCAUCAUGAACCAUAUCAAAGUAAGGCUCCGAGAAAAUGCAACAGCUGGAGCGACGAGUGGGCGAGGUAGAGCGCCUCCCCCGCCCGAUUCCUUGUUGGCUGCCUUGGGGCUCCUGGCUGGUGCGGUUGGACCGACACUGACGAUUCUAUUACACGACCAUCUUCACCUACUGUUUGCAGCCGGUCUCUCCGAGGCUCUACGUGUCUGUUUAACGCAGAUUGCACAUGCUAUUCCACCCCUCCUUGGGAUUAUUCAGGAGCGACUGUUGGAGGUCUUGGGGGGAAUGCUGAGCGGGACAGGUUACACACGACCAGGAAUGCCUGGAGCGUCCAGUGCUGCUAGUCUAGGUCAUAGCGGAAGCGGCCAAGGCUCUACUAGCGGAGCAAGCAGUGUGUCAGCCUCCACAGGUACUUCAGCAACUCAUGUUCCAAUGUCCAAUGUACCUCCACCGACCAAGGAGCAGCUAACUUUGGCCUUGACUACUCUUGCCACCUUCGACUUCUCCGGUCACAUCCUCACUGAUUUCGCCCAAGCGAACGCCUUGCCAUACAUCGAGGACGAUGCACCGGAAGUCAGAAGAGCUGCUGCGGCCGCUUGUGUACGACUAUUUGGAGGAGGAGCAUCCAGUGGUUAUGAUGAGAACAUCAACCACGAAAUACACGUCGGCGUUGGCAGUGCAAGUAGCAGCACGACUGCUGGCGCUAUGGGUGUGGGAAGUGGAGGAUCGUACCAUCAUGCGGUUGAGGUCGUGAGCGAUGUUCUUGGGAAGCUUUUAACCGUCGGAAUCGCAGAUCCCGACCCUUCAAUACGGCACACGAUGCUCUCGUCCCUCCUUGCAUCCACUCCUGAAGCUUUCGACAAGCAUCUCUCCCAAGCCGAGAACGUCCGUAGCUUGUUCAUAGCCCUCAACGACGAAGUCUUUGAAAAUCGCGUCGUAGCGGCCGGCUUGAUUGGGCGCAUGGCCAGAUACAAUCCAGCUUAUGUAAUGCCCUCAUUGCGCAAGACACUGAUCCAGCUAUUAACUGAGCUCGAGUACUCUAGCGUGACCUCAAAUCGUGAGGAAUCAACACGGCUGUUAACCUUGCUUGUCCAUCACACUCAACGGUUGAUCGCUCCGUAUGCCCUUCCGAUGCUUGCUGUUCUUUUGCAAAAGGCGCAAGCAUCCGCAUCCUCCUCGGUCAGCGGUAAUAACGUCUCUGCGUCGAUGUUGAUCUGUCUUGGCACGUUGGCAUCCGUUGGUGGUGAAGAGGCUCGUGAACGUAUACCACAGCUUAUGCCACUUUUCGUUCAAGCACUACAAGACCCUAGCCUGGCGAAGCGCGAAGCCGCUUUAAACGCGUUGGGAAGGGUUUGUAGCAGCACCGGCUACGUCGUCGACCCAUUGCUGGACUACCCACAACUACUACCUGUCCUGGGCAAAAUGCUUCGAUCAGACUCGAGCUCCGGUGGGACGAUGAGCGUGGACGCCAAACUUAUUAAAAUUGGAGGUGUGGCAAAAGGGUCCGGAGGUGCAGAGGCGGUUAAAAGGGAGGUUGUCAAAGUUAUGGGUAUCUUGGGGGCUGUAGAUCCAUAUCGACACAAGCUGGCUGUGACAGAUCGCACGGGGAUUGAAACUGCAAUGAUAAACCGUGUACCACUUGUGACAUCAGCAGAACCGCCAACAACGAGUGCUAGCACCUCCUCGACGGACGACUAUUUCCAGACAGUUGUCAUGUCAGGCCUUCUUCGCGUUCUCAAGGACCCUGCCUCGAGUCCUCAGCAUCACACCGCUAUCGAGGCUAUAAUGGCGAUUUUCAAAACUCAAGGACUAAAGUGCGUUGGUAGUCUUCCACAGAUUAUGCCAGCAUUUGCUGCUGUCACUCGAUCAUCGCCUCCCCGACUUCAAGAGUUCCACUUGCAACAGCUCGCGAUUCUCAUUGGAAUCAUCAAAUCACAUGUCAGAAACCAUGCAACUGAGGUGUUAGGACUCGCCAGCGAACUUUGGGAUAAUUCUACCCUCCAAACUCCAAUCGUCGUUCUGAUUGAAGCUGUUGGUCGUGCCCUUACCGCAGAAAUCAAACCCUUCCUCCCGACUAUCCUCCCGUUGCUUCUCAAAGUAUUCACUUUUGAAGGCGAAUUAAGCGAGAAGCGGAUGAACACCCAAGUCAAGAUUUUUGAAGCCUUCCAGACAUUCGGUGCAAAUAUUGAAGAAUAUCUCCAUCUCGUGAUUCCAAUUAUUAUGCGAUCCGCAGAGUCUCCACUGGGAAGUACCGGUUUGCGCAAGAAGGCCAUUGUAACAGUCGACAGACUGAGCAAAGUCGUCAAUUUUUCAGAUCAUGCUUCGAGAAUCGUGCACCCUCUGAUGCGUAUCUUGGAGAGGGGAGUAUCGGAGCUGAGAGUCGCCGUUCUAGACACUCUGUGCUCCUUGAUGGUUCAACUGGGCUCUGAUUUUGUGAUUUUUGUUCCAACGAUCAACAAAUGUCUGAUUCGUCAUCCCAUACAACACGUAGCAUAUGAUCGCGCAGUACAGCAGCUACUCAACGGCGAGCGACUGACCCAUGAACCUAAUUCCUUCUCGCUCAGUGAAACCAAAGUCCCGGAAUUCGCCAUUCCUGAAGCGGCCAAACUUACCGUCAAUCAAAUCCAUCUCAAGCAAGCGUGGGAUACUGCUCAAAUCAAUACUCGUCAAGACUGGAUUGACUGGAUCCAUCGUGUCGGGGUUGAGUUCAUCAAAGAAAGCCCAUCGCAUGCUCUACGUGCUUGUAUGAGCCUGGUUGAAACUCAAGGUGCAUUGGGCAAGGAGCUGUUUAAUGCUGCUUUUCUAUCGUGCUGGGGAGAGCUUUAUGAGCAAUAUCAGGAUCAUCUUGUUCGCUCCAUUGAAAUUGCGCUCACGUCGCCUGUGGCCCCUUCAGAGGUGAUUCGCCGUCUGCUCGAUCUUUGUGAAUAUAUGGAGCAUGAAGAGAAGCCACUUCCUAUCGACCAAAACACAUUGGGCGAGUAUUCGACCAAGUAUCUUGCCUAUGCCAAGGCGUUACACUGGAAGGAGCUCGAGUUCUUCGCCAACCCAUCGCCAGCUAUUCUGGAGUCACUCAUAUCUAUCAAUACGCGUCUUCAACAACAUGAUGCUGCUUCUGGUGCUCUUCUUACUGCCCGUGAGCAGUACGACGUUACCAACAAGGAGGAAUGGUAUGAGCGUCUCGGUCAAUGGCAAGAAGCACUUGAAAUAUACGACGAGAAAGUGGAGAACGAUCCUAACUCUUCUGAGUUCCAAAUCGGCAGAAUGCGGUGUUUGCAUGCCCUAGGCGAAUGGGAACAUCUUGCUUCCGACGUUGAUGAGCGGUGGUCAACAUCAACUAAUGAAGAACGGCGGCAAAUUGCGCCCAUGGCGGCCGCUGCAGCGUGGUCACUGAGCGAGUGGGAUGCGAUGGACAAUUAUAUCUCGACCAUGCGGUCCGACUCGCCUGACCGAUUCUUCUACAGGGCCAUUCUCUCGGUUCAUCACAACCAGUUCUCCAAGGCUCUAUCACACAUUUCCAAAGCCAGGGAGCUCCUCCAUCCAGAAUUGACUGCGUUUGGCGGACCCGGUUACGCCCGUUCCUACAACGUCAUGGUCCGCGCGCAGAUGCUUUCCGAAUUGGAGGAAGUGGUCUCAUAUAAACAAUGUUCUGACCAGCCAGAGCGCCAACAAAUGAUGCGGAAAACUUGGAUGAAGCGACUUCAGGGAUGUCAACCUGAAGUCGAAGUUUGGCAGCGGAUACUCCAAGUCCGAACCCUCAUCAUCAACCCUGAGGAUGACCCAACUGCUUUCAUCAAGUUCGCAAAUCUCUGUCGCAAAUCUGACAGAAUGGCCUUGGCGGAGAAGACGAUCAACUCGUUGCUCACGCCAGAUCGGCUCCAACAUUUACGCGAACAUCAACCGACAAGGGCGCCACCAAACGUUGUCUAUGCCCAGCUCAAAUACAUGUGGGCACAGGAUACCGAAGCGGCUUCUAAAGAAGCUUGUCUUGCUGAACUACGUCAAUUCACAAUCAGCUUAUCCAAUGACCUGGCCGCGGAGAGAAACACAAACGAGCACGCCCAACGAGCUGGACUACCCGGACAACGUAUGACAGAGCUGAAAGAUCUUUUAGCUCGAUGUUAUUUCAAGCAGGGCGAAUGGCAGGUAGCGCUAAAUGAGGAUUGGUACCGGGAUGGUAGCAGCAUCAACGAUGUAGUCGACUCAUACGCUCUCGCGACUCAUUUUGAUCCUGGCUGGUAUAAAGCAUGGCAUACGUGGGCCAUGGCCAACUUCAAUGUCGUCAGUCAGCUCGACAGCCAGGAUGAGAGAAAUAGCAGUUUAACGGCUGACCUCCUUCCAACGCACGUAGUACAAUCUAUCAAUGGCUUUUUUCAAUCAAUUGCGUUGCGCAACGAGGACGCGUUACAGGACACACUUCGUUUAUUGACUUUGUGGUUCAAGUAUGGUGCUCACGAGGAUAUUUCUCAUGCUAUUGCGGCCGGUUUCUCUUCUGUGGAGAUUGACACUUGGCUGCCAGUGAUUCCCCAGGCACAUAUUUCCCUUUUUAUCAUUGCGCGCAUUCAAACGCCACAUACCAACAUCCAUCGCAACGUCAGCAACCUACUUGCAGAAGUCGGCAAACAACAUCCCCAGGCACUCAUCUAUCCGCUUACCGUCGGUUCGAAAUCACCUAGUGCUUCUCGAAAGGAGGCAGCUCAAAGAAUCAUGGACCGAAUGCGGGAGCACAGUCCGAAAAUAGUUGAACAGGCUAGUGUCGUCAGUCGGGAAUUGAUUCGAGUCGCCAUUCUUUGGCACGAGAUGUGGCAUGAAGGACUGGAAGAAGCCUCCCGCAUGUACUACACGUUGCGUAACCCGAACGGGAUGCUCGCUGUUCUAGAGCCACUGCAUGAAAUGCUUGAAGCAGGUCCGCAAACCGUCCGGGAAACGUCGUUCACGCAGGUAUUUGGUACAGAGCUCAGACAUGCUCGAGAGGCUUGUCGACGAUAUCGACAACAUGGAGAGACACGGGAGUUGGACAACGCAUGGGGUAUCUAUUUUGCGGUGUUCCAAAAAAUCGAGAAGCAAUUACCCCAGCUAACGGCGCUCGACUUGCAGUAUGUUUCCCCGGUCCUCCAAAACAUUCGCGAUCUGGAUCUUGCAGUCCCAGGCACCUAUCAGAGUGGCCGCGAAGUCAUCCGUAUCGGUAGUUUUGUUCAGCGUUUAGCCGUCAUCACAUCCAAACAGCGGCCUCGUCGGAUGUCCUUGAAGGGAAGUGAUGGCCGGGAUUACCAAUAUAUUCUGAAAGGUCACGAGGAUCUCCGCCAAGACGAGCGUGUCAUGCAAUUGUUCGGUCUCGUUAACACUUUGCUUUCCGUGGACACCGACAGCUUCAAACGGCAAUUGCACAUCCAACGCAACCCUAUCAUUCCACUCGCGCCUAACGCUGGGCUUAUUGGCGCCAUCCAAGAGAGCGACACUCUUCAUGAGCUCAUUCGCGACUACCGACACUCUAUCAAACUGUUGUUGAACAUUGAGUACCGACUCAUGCUCCAAAUGGCUCCCGACUACGAGAAUCUCCCACUACUCCACAAGAUUGAAGUGUUUGAGUAUGCCAUGGACAACACGUCUGGCCACGAUCUCUACAAAAUCCUAUGGCUCAAGUCUACCAAUUCAGAGCACUGGUUAGAGCGACGAGCCUCUUAUACGCGUUCACUCGCCGUUAACAGCAUGGUUGGCCACAUCCUUGGCUUGGGCGACCGCCAUCCCUCGAACGUGAUGAUGUCGCGCAAGACCGGAAAGGUGGUCCAUAUUGACUUUGGAGACUGUUUCGAGGUUGCGAUGCAUCGUGACAAGUUCCCAGAGAAGGUGCCCUUCCGGUUGACGAGGAUGUUGACCCACGCAAUGGAGGUCGGCGGCAUUAAAGGGUCAUUCCGCAAAACAUCGGAGAUCUCGAUGCGGGUAUUGAGGGCCAACAACGAGUCGCUGAUGGCGGUGCUGGAGGCAUUCGUUUACGACCCACUUAUCAACUGGAGAUUGAUGCAAGCAGAUGUUGGUCAGGGCGAAGAGGGCAGUUCGAAAGAAAACAGACCGGGAGAUUUGGCAUGGGUUUCCGCGCGGCCAGACGGCAUCCCAAGACCGUUACGAGCUAACGAAAACGAUAUAUUUAAUGAAGCCGGGGAGACUGGAGUCCAAGAAGUGCGGAACAAUCAGGCACUGCUGGUUUACAACCGCGUGCAAGCUAAGCUAACGGGUCGUGACUUUGACCCUGAUGUCGCGCUCUCCGUAGAGGAUCAGGUUGAGAAACUGAUUAUCCAGGCAAUGUCGCUAGAAAAUCUGUGUCAGUGCUUUGCUGGGUGGUGUGCAUUUUGGUAA